AAGACACAGCUACUACUCACUCAAACAUGCCUACUCGAUUCUCAAACACCCGCAGGCACCGUGGUAACGUCUCGGCCGGUCACGGUCGUGUCGGCAAGCACAGAAAGUCACCAGGUGGUCGUGGUCUUGCCGGUGGUCAGCACCACCACCGUAUCAACAUGGACAAGUACCAUCCUGGUUACUUCGGUAAAGUCGGUAUGCGUCACUUCCACGACUCAAAGAAGACGCUCGGCACCAUCAACCUCGACAGGUUGUACAGCUUGUUCACUCCCGAAGUCAGGGAACAGCUCGUUGCUGGCAAGUUUGGCGACAAGGCACCUGUCCUUGACUUGACCUCGCUCGGUUACAACAAGUUGCUCGGAAAGGGUAGGUUGCCCGAGGCCGCCAUCAUUGUGCAAGCACGAUUUGUUUCGCGUCGUGCAGAGGAGAAGAUUAAGGCUGCUGGCGGUGUUGUUGUCAUCAAGGCAUAAACACCUCUUCACUCUCAACGACAUUACAUCUUGCAUCUGAUGCACGUCGCUCCCCUGGCAUCGGCUACGAUCAACCCAGCAAGACACACAGAGUGUUUGCUGCAAAUUCUAUAUAGGCUCACACCAAGCGAAUGCAUCAC